UGCUUCCCCGAGUCCCUUGCAGGCUUCCAGAUGGGGGGGUCUCCCGGGCACCUGCCUACUUGACUUUCCACGUUGCCUUUGCUAUGGACUUGCACGUCCCCUGAGUUUGUUUCUCACCUUCUUUUAUCAGAAGAAAACCAGCCCCCCGCUAUGGACAGGGAGUGUGCGCAGCUCCUGCCUCCUGUGUGUGCAGUUCUAGGAGACUCAAGGCAACUUGUUGCCGAUGACACUUUUCUAGAGAAAUUUCUGGACUGGUUUAAGACUCUAACUGAAACAGAAUCUAGCUUGCACCUGUUACAGGAGAACCCAUGCUUGACAGAACUCAUUACUUGUGUGCUGAAACUGAAAGAUCCAAGUUCUAGCACACUUUCCUUUAUUCUGAGAUUAACAGGGAUAUUCACAGCUUCUGAAAGCUGCUUCCAAUAUUUACAGCAGAGGGAGCUGUUGAACAGUCUCUUUGGAGAGGAGGGGCCUCUCAGCAGUGCUCUGUGGGAAGAAGCAUCUGUGCGAAGUGGCUGGGUCCAGGGUGUGCACAGCAUGACACAGCACCAGAGCGCAAUCCAUUUUUUGUGCAACUGUGGAGCCAUAGAUGUGAUCUUCACUCUACAGGGAGACCCUAGCCUGUUUGUGGCUUCGGCUGCCAAUCGGCUUUUAGUGCACAUACUCACCUUUUCUCUACAGUCAUUCCAGACUAAACCUGUAAAUAUAAAAGACUGUGAUUGGCCAAUAUGUGCUCAAAAGCUUAUACCACACCUUGAAGAGUCCCUUAAAUCCAGCUCUGCCUCUCGUAUCAAGCAAUCUUUGAAGCUGCUAACCAGUGUAUUUGGAUGUUGUCAUGAUCUGUGGACUGAAGUACUUUGGUCACAGCUAUCAGAACCAAUUACAUAUCUCUUGGAGAAGGAGCCAUUCAAUGCAGGGAACUCACUGGUGGACCUUUUCCUUAGCAUGGCAAGGUCUCCAGUGUUUAGCUGCCCUGAAUGUAGCCUGUGGAAAUCAGCAUCAUAUGCUUUGGAGCACUUAAACCCAGCUCAGGCUGGUUGUUUGUCAGUGGGAAUACUGAAGCUUCAAGAAUGCCCACAGGCAGUAAAGACGCAAGCUCUGAGUGUUUUGCUUCAGCCAAUGGAUUGUGUUCUGAAAGCAGCCUCCCAGCCCUUGGAAUAUCCAGGUUUGCUGAAUAACUCUCUGAGUGAUUCUGCCACUAUUGAAACACUGCUGUCCUGCAGGUCCUCUUGUGCUAGUCUCCUGUGUCAGACAUUGGCUCAUCUGGAGGAGCUGCUGUACUUGACCUACAUGCCAGUGAAUUUGCCCCAUAUACCUUUGCUGAAGUCUGUAGUGACAGUAUUGCAAUUCGGUACUGGCCUUGCAACUCCAGCAUCCCCUCUAGGAAGUAAGAUCAGUAGAAUCUUGAUUGGUUGCUUCAGAGUUCAGAGGUCAGCACUUGACAUCCUGGGAGCGUUCUCUCAUUGGGAAAGCCACAGUGUUUUUAUGGGAAGUGUGUCUGACAUCCUCCUUGCAUACCUGAAGAGUCCAGAUACCAGCCCUACUGUUCUGAAGAAGUCAUUUCAAGCUACACUCAAAUGGCUGGUGAGAUUGUCAGAAGCACCUAGCUCUAGGGAUCACUGGCUACAGACUGAGCAGUUUUUCCGAGAUCUGUUUCUGGUGCUGCAGAAACGUUUGUGCAGCCAUUGUUGGGAAAUACGGGACUCUGCCCUGGAAUUUCUCACCCUCCUGGUUAAACAUCUGAGAGACUGCUAUAUAUUUACAGAGAAAGAGGAGUUCAGGCAAGUACUCGUCUCUUCAGAGGUGCCAAAAUUCACAGAGGAUCUUCUUGAAGACCCAGAGAGUUACGUGCGAGCUAGUGCUGUGUUGGCCAUGGGACAGCUGUCCUUCCUCACUCAUCUCAACUCAAAGAUACCUAGCACAGAAAAUGGAGAUGGCAAAGAGGUAAAGAAGAAAAGCAUUGUAGCACAACUUCAAGAAAUCUUAGUGACAGACUCAGAGGGCUUCCCUAGAAGAGCUGUGAUCAGUGUCUUCAUUGACUGGCUGAGAGACGGCCACACAGAUGUACUGAAAGACACUGAGCAGUUUGUCUCCAGCGUGCUCCAAGUUGUGAACUGUGACUUAGACUGGGAAGUCAAAGCUGGUGGUUUGGAACUAGCUGAAGUUUUCUCUGCCAAGACACUUGGACGGGUUGGCCUUGCUGGAUGCCCAUAUGUUUCUGUCGUCUCUGCUGCCACCCGCUCUACUCAGCUGAACGAAUCACUGCAGAUAUUCUACCGAGUGAAACUGUUUGAGUUCCUGUUUGGUGCUUUGUGUGACUGUGACAGGCCAGUGGCUCAAAAAGCCUGCAAUAUCCUCAUUGCCUUGAAAGCUGAGCUCUGUGAUGAGAACAGCUUGAAGGAGGGACUGAGUGCAGAACACUCAUUUCCAGAAGCACAUGGGAUUGCUUGGUUAGAAAAGACUCUGAGAAGAUGGAGUUCCUGUGCUGAACCCUGCCCCAUUGGUAUUGCUAAUGAGGCUGGCUCCCAAAACCCAAACGAUAUUCUGUUGGUUUUGAGAACAAUAGACUUAGAAGGGCUGAAUAAGUCUCUGAACAGAAGCAGUGACCACAUUGAAAACAGUCCUCAGUCUCUCUUGCAGGACAUCCUGGCCACUGUGGGGACUUUGGAGGAGAAUGAAGCUGACUGCUAUUAAAGUCAGUGGCAGGUUUUUACUUGGAGAGGAAGCCAUUCCAAACAGUUAUCUGGCUGCAGGAGAUGUUGUUUGAUACUCAAGAAUAGAAACAAAGCCAGUAGUCCCUUCCAAAAGAAGAAACUGUUACAGAAAGGCCGAGGAGUAGGACUCUGUCUUGGACUGAACAGUGGGGAUGAAAAUGGGUUUGUCAAAUGGGUUAGAAAGUCUAGCGGUGUGUUGUCCUUGCUAACUGUGACCCAGAAUGCAAGGAAUUUAAAUGAGAGAAUAUUUAGAAGGUGUCAGGGAACUAGAAUACAACGUAUUUAACAAGUGAUUGUUAAAUACAUAGUUCCCAUGACUUCAGGCUGUACGCUGUAGUCACUGCCCAAAGCUUAAUUAAAAGUCCAGAAAAAGCA